CGGGAUAAAAGGCAGGAAACGGAGGUUUCCUUUCUUCCCCUCACCCCAUCUCUCCUCUUUUCCUCUCUCUCUCUCUCUCCCUAUCUCCUCGACUGCUGCGCCUUCCCUUUCCUGCUUUCAUCGCGCUUCGGCCCCAUUAUGGUUGAGGAAAAGACGCUUAAAGCGUGAUGACCGUGGCGUAGCGUAUGCUCCAGCGAGCGCAGAGCCUUCUUGCCUUUGUGGACUUCAAGUAUGCAAGUAUGUACAUAAUGUAUGUUGUGGGAAUCCCCGAUGGGCUCCAUUACAAACACACAAACACAAACACUGAUUACACGUCGUGAUGGUUGAUGGAUCGGAUUCAUUCAUUAGCAAUAAUGCGGCUCGUCUGACGGUGCGUGCGCGAGAUCUGGACCAGAAUCAUUAAUCUUUUCUCCCGAAAUUCGACUCAAGUAAGGUCAAGCGGCCACGAUAGUUGCUAAUACCACUACGAAACCGACAGCAAGUCACUUGGCAUGUUUAUGACUGAAGCAAAACACAAUUUCGGCUUGAUCGACCCAGCCUGGAUGGAUAACACAUUUUACGCAUAAACCUCAACCCCCUGGAACAGUUCCCUGCUCGCUGUCACCCUUUUUUCUACACAAAGUGUGAAGGAAGUACGUAGGUGUCUGUCCAUGGCGGCAAAAAGUUUAAUUUCCCUUCCAAGCAUCCGAAUAACUCCAGCGAGCGGCGUCGUCGGGGUGCUCAACUUCUAUAACACGCAAAAAACACAGCCCAGGGACAAUGGCAGCACUGGAAACCGAAAACCUUCUGGUCACCAGAGGAAAGCUCCGGUCCCCUUGGGGGGCCACCGGCAUUUGCAUGUUUAUAGCACCAUGUAUUUGCACCGGCAUUUGCAUGUUAUUCACUAACCCGAUAAACCGAUGACCUGGGCCUGGGGACUCAGACGUGUGCGAUUCCCGGAAGAGAAAGUAACAAAGCAUCGGUCAGAGACAGUUUCUGUCUGUCUCUCCCUCUCUCUCUCUCUCACUUGUUGUCCCUGGACACUCGCACACCAGGGAGACUCCGAACCAAUAGCGAGGAGCUGGUUGACUAUUUGCAUUUUAAAACAUUCGCAACAACUACGUUGCUGCGUUCCAUCGUGACCAUCGUGGCUUUGGCCACGGUCACCAAACGCUCGGCCGCUUGUUAUGGGUUAUGUUUGCGUUUGCGUGCGCCCCGGAGGUAAUCUUCUUAUCCCCUCCGCGGCAGGAGCGUCGGUUGUGAUGUUGUGGUUCACGGGAACCACACACAAAAACCAUUUUCACUCGAAGUGAAACAAAACGAUUACUCCUUUAUCCCCCCAGCCCGUGGUUGUUGCUCUUCGUGCUCUCGACUACGUCCUGGCACUGGCCUUGGCCACGUUUUUCGGUGGUUUCGGUGAAGCCCGCUGACGAUGAAUGUUUAAUGUUUUCUGCAUAAUGUCUCCCCUUCUCACAAAGAAGGAGAAGGAGGUUUCACACCCGAAAGUCUGCUUUGAAGUUCCGUAUUUCAUCUUAAAGUGAUCCGCACCCCUCUCUUUCUCACUCUCUCUCGUUUUGAGUGACUUCAUGGUCACUUUGCAGCCGAAAACGUGGGUCCGAAGCACCGCUUUCAAACACUUUUUGUGGAAUUUCGAGUUCGUGAAUAAUGUUGCAAACGGAAACUUUACUUUCUAGCAAAAGGGCGGUUUUUUUUCCUCGGAGAACUUCAAACGUUGCUCUGGUGCAAUGUUCGAUCAUACCUUCCAACCCCGUUUGGCACAUUAACGCGCCCAAAACUUCACGGACCAGCCAUCGAUAGCUGUCGCUCAUCACUCGCACUUCUUGCACUCUUUUCCUCCACCCUAAUCAAAUUCCAAUGAGCCCACGCCGACGAUGACGAGGAAAGGGUGCUGGCAGCAUUUCUGUUUGUCUAUCCGCCUUUUUCUUUAAGAAUAAGGGAGGUGAACGGCGCAAUGGAGCACAACACGGAGCUGAUGAUGGAUGGAGCUCGCUGCCUGGUGGAACGCGCAGCUCCGUCAAGAUCCGGGCGCUAAGCCUUUCUCUCCAUCGUCCCUCGAGGCGAAAAGAAUUGGAAAACUUUUGCGACCGCCCCAAACAUGCCUUGCAGCCGCCCGUACGUCACUCUGUCCGUGGCUCAUCAUCGCUCCACCAGUUGAUCCUUCCAUUUUCCACACCGGUGGCCGGUAUCUUGGAAGGAGAGAAAGAUGGGAAUGUGUUUUUGUUUGGUUGCUGCUGGUUGCCCUAGUGUUUCGUAUGCUUUCACCACUGCCACGAGAACGUUCCUAUUCGAUUCUCGCUAAACACGUUCGACGAACUUUUUCUCCACUUUUCUUAUGGGAGUAUAAAUCGUGAUCCUUCUUCCUGGUUGUGUUGUUGCUUGCAGCCCACUCCAGGAAGAAAAUGUUUUUCUCGCUCGUUCUUGACCGAAUUUUGUGGGGGGAAAACGGAAUGCUGCCACCCAACAAGUCCAGUCAACAUAUGGGCACACGUUCAACCACGAC